AUGCCAGAACCCAGUAAGUGUUUACUAUCUGGGGAGAUAUCAUUUGAACUUGGCAAUCUGUUCUCACUUCAAAUCUUGUUAGACCUCAGCAGCAACUCUCUUUCUGGGGAAAUUCCUGAAAACCUUGGCAAGUUAGUAUCAUUGGAGAUUCUGAAUGUCUCACACAACCAUCUAUCAGGGAUAAUCCCACAAUCCUUUUCAACCAUGCUCAGCCUUCAAUCUAUUGAUUUUUCUUACAACAACUUGAGUGGUUUAAUCCCCACAGGUGGUGUUUUACGGAUAGCAACUAAUGAUGCCUAUGUUGGGAACUCAGGUUUGUGUGGUGAGGGUCAACAAAAAGGUUGUUCUUUCUGUUGGUAUACCUGUUUGUGUGUUAUUUAUUGGCUUCUUGGUAUUGGAAUCCUACUAUUUCAACGACAAGCCAAACACAACGAUGAAGAGGCUAAAAUCAUCAAAAAAAUUGAUCAGUCGAUUGUGCAGGGAAGAGAUGGAACAUUCACAUUUUCUGAACUUGUCAAGGUCACCGAUGACUCUGACGACAAGUACUGCAUUGGACAAGGAGGCCCAGCAGUGAACCACCACAGCCUUGAGAAUGAGGUAAGAUCACUUACAGAAGUGAGGCAUCGCAACAUAAUAAAGCGCUCUGAAUUUUGUUCUUGGAGGAGACAGAUGUUCCUAGCUUAUGAAUACGUACAAAGAGGAAGUUUGAGGAAAGUACUGUAUGGUGAGGAAGGAAAAUUGGUGCUGAACAGGGCUACAAGGGUGAAAAUUGUGCAAGGAAUAGCACAUGCAAUUUCAUACCUUCACACUGACUGUUCUCCACCCACUGUGCACCGUGAUGUUACAUUGAACAGCAUACUACUGGACACAGAAUUUGAACCUCGCCUUGCAGAUUUUGGCACUGCCAAGCUUCUAAGCUCUAACACUUCAACCUGGACCUCAGUUGCUGGAUCCUAUGGCUACAUGGCCCCAGCACAAACUAUGAGGGUCAUUGACAAGUGUGACGUUUAUAGUUUUGGAGUGGUGGCAUUGGAGAUAAUAAUGGGAAAGCACCCCGGAGAACUCUUGGCUACCCUAUCUUCAAAGCAGUCCUUUUCAUCAACACAAGUGCUCCUGAAGGACUUGCUUGACCAACAGCUUCCACCUCCAACAGGCCAAUUAGCUAAAGCAGUAGUGUUCACAUCACAGUGA